GUAUGUAAUCGUCACACAAGGUUUCCGCCCGCCUGAUAGGCUGCAUGUGGUUGGAGUAAGACGGGCGCUGUAUGACGACAACUGACAGCUACUCUCGAAAGGGGCAGCAGCUUCCUAGAUCAUGUAGCGUUUUUGCACUGUUUUGAUAAAGCCAUGGAUGGGCACCUUUGAGUCGCUUGUAUAGUAGUGCAAGUACUGUGGGUAUUGUUUUUUUGGAGCUUUUUUGUGUUUUGAGACGUGAAUACUUGCGCAGAGAUACGGCUGUGGUGGUAAGAGGGAAAGUGACAUCAUGGCGCCGGGUAAACCUCAGGUUAUUGUGCAGAAACAGAGGGAUGAGAAGAGUAGGCUUGAUGUCGUCAUCGUCGGUGCUGGUCUGGGUGGUCUCGGAGCAGCGAUAUCGAUCUUGUUAGCCGGGCACAGCGUACAUAUCCUCGAGUCGACGUCUGAAAUUGGUGAAAUCGGCGCUGGGAUCCAAUGCUUACCGAAUGCGUCGCGGAUCCUGAUAUCCUGGGGUCUUGAAUCUUAUCUUGAGAAAUAUGCGACGACACCGCGGUUCGGCAAUAUGCGUGGGUGGAAGGGCAACAAGAUAAGCGAUAUGGAUUUUCAUGAGUAUGAGAGGGAAUGCGGUACUCCGUUUUGGGACUUUCACAGGGCGGACUUGCAUAGGGGACUGUUAGAACGAGCAAUCGAGUUGGGUGCGAAGUUGACUACAAGAGCGAGGGUCGUGGAUAUCAAGUACGAAGCCGAUCAAGGGAACCAGACUACAAGAGCCAUCGCCGUGUGUCAAGACGGCACAAGACACGCAGCCGACCUAGUAGUAGGAGCCGACGGCAUCAAUUCCAAAUGUCGAGAGAUACUCCUAGGCCACAAAGACCCCCCGCUUCUCACAGGCGAUCUCGCAUACCGCCUCCUCCUCAACACCAGCGACAUGCUCAAAGACCCCGAACUAGCCGACUUCGUCCUCGACCCCCAAGUAAACUACUGGAUCGGCCCGGACGCCCACGCAGUCAACUACGUGCUCCGCGGCGGCAAGCUCUUCAACAUGGUCCUUCUCGUCCCAGACGACAUGCCCGCCGGCGCCAACACGCUCGCAGGCAACGUCGAGGAAAUGCGCGCCCUCUACAAAGACUGGGACCCCCGCAUCCGCAAACUCCUCGCGCUAUGCCAGUCCGUCGCAAAAUGGCGACUGAUGAUCCGCCCGGGCCUCGAUCCAACUUGGUCGCAUACCCGCUCCGCUGCUUUUACUAUCCUCGGGGAUGCCGCGCAUGCUACGCUGCCGUAUCUCGCCUCUGGAGCAGGAAUGUCGCUGGAAGAUGCGCAUGUGCUUGGACUUUGUCUCUCGCGGCUCACUGGGAAAUCCCGUGCGGAUAAAAGUAGAGCACUAGCGGUGUACGAGCGGUGUCGGCGUGAGCGCACAGCACGCGUUGUUUCGCGGGGGAAUCGCCAGCAGUAUUUAUACCAUGUGCAUGAUGGGGAGGCGCAGGUUAGGCGAGAUGAAUUACUAAGGGCUUUUGGGCGAUUUAAUGGGCAGGGCAGGGUGAGGAAGGAGGAGUUUGAGGAGAGGGGGUUGAGGGUUGGUGAGGAUCCACUUGCGUGGCGGUGGGGGGGCGUGGGGAGUUGGUUGUUGACAUAUGGUUGUGAGGAGGAUGUUGAGAGGAGGUGGAAGGAGGUGGAGACGGAGAGGAGGGAGGAGAGGGGAGGGGAUAUUGAGGGGGAGAGUGUUAGGGCGGUUUUGUAGGGGAGUUCUUUUGUAGGCUUAUAGCAGGAAACAGUAGGAGUUUAAUAGCAUCUUUUUGUUUGUUCAAGUGGGC